AUGACUCGUGAAGUCGAGAUGAGUAUGAUUGGAGAACUAAACUACUUCAUGGGUCUUCAGAUCAAACAGAUGGAAGAAGAGAUUUUGUCACGCAAAGCACUUAUGCAAUCUUGUUACAAGGAUGACAAUGGUGUGAAAGUAGAUGAGAAGCUCUAUCGUGCAAUGAUUGGAAGUCUACCGUACUUGACAGCCAGUAGACCAGAUAUUUGUUACAUCGUUGGUGUAUGUUCACGAUAUCAAGCCAGUCCUUGUGUGUCACAUUUGAAUGCUCUCAAGCAAAUCAUCAAAUAUGUGAAUGGAAUGAUUCGGCAGGAAGCUUACACGACAAAAGAAGCACAUCAGGAGGAUGUUUCUUUCUUGGGAACAACAUGGUAUCCUGGCAUAGCAAAAAGCAAAACUGUGUGUCGCUGUCAACAAGAGAGGCUGAGUACAUUUCUCUUGGAAGUUGCUGCACACAACCCUUGUGGAUGA